CUCUCUUCUUCUUCUCUCUCUCUCUCGAUCUACCCCAAAGUAGCGGGAGCGAAUAGUGAAACACCAACAAUGACCGAUCAACACCACCACCACAACAACCACGCGCGGCUGAACCGCCUCCGUACAACAACCCAGCUCCUCCGUCAAACCACAGCUUCCUUCUCAACCCACCCACUCACUUUCAUCUUCCUCACUUUCCUCCUCUUCUCCUUCCACUCUCUCGUCGAUCAUUGCUCUCUUCUUUUAACCUCUUUCGUCGACACUGACCCUUCCCUUCGCUCCCUCCUCUCUCGCCUCCCUCUCAACUCUCACUCCCACGCUCCUACGCGCUUUCAAAAUCACCGACGUGCUCCUUUUCUUCAGCUCACGCGCCUUGGUACCCUCGACGACGACUUCUUCUCCACAGACGAGCACGAUCCUCAUCGCCGAUCUCUUCAAGGUUCUUUUUUUCCUUCGCCCAUCAACGCUACGACUGUGAUUCUCUCCGGAUUUGAGAGCAUUUCUGGCUUUUCUCGCCCUAUCGCCGAUAAUGGUCUUCUCCUCCCUCAGAUCAUCCGCUCCGGCGUCGUUUUACGGCAGCUUGAGAAGGAAGAUGAUGAUAAAGAAACAGAAUUGGAUGACUCUGAGAAGAAAGGUGAAGACUUUGAGAGUUUUGUGGAUCUGAAGAUGUUGUUCAAAGGAUUGGAGCUAGGUCGUCAUGAUGCUGCGGCUCUCUUCUUCCUUGUGAGCUUUUUAUCCGCUGCGUAUGGAUGGGUGAUUCUAGGGUUUACCACUGUUUACUCAUUGGUGCUUGCGAUUAUAUUCGUUACUGUAAUCAACGAUUUGCUCGGUAGGUUUCCUUCGUUUCUUGGGGUUGUUUGGACUGGUUCAAGAUUGGGGUUUAGGAGAGUUACAGGAUUCGUUUUGAUGAGAUGGGCAGUGAGGGAUGCUUUGACACAGCUUCUUGGUUUAUGGUAUUUUGGAGAGGUUGAAGAUCAGUACUCGUUUUUUAAGCUCUUUGUGAGGUUAAAGCUGAUGCCUUUCACAGUUAUGCCCCCAUGGAUCAGAGGUUUCGAGAAGGAGAUUUCUGGUUUCUUGUUCGCUUGGUUUCUACUUGAUACGCUUGUUGGUUUGAUAUUAGCUGUUGAUGCUUUUGUUGCUAUUGUGGAUUCAAGAAGGAGGGGCAGGGAGAUAGUGAAGGAAGGUCUCUAUUUGAUUUCUCUCCUGUUGCAUCAGGCCGUGCAGCUUAAGUGUCUCGAAGCUAUUGUUUGUGGGUCUUUCUUCAGAUGGUUUCUGGUUCGAAUCCUAGGGAAAACCUUUGCUUCUGUGCUCCAAUCUGCGUUGGAAGUUUACUUCAUGGCGGCUUGGUUAGUGUUCUACUUAGCAGCUAGGUGUAAAGAUGCGCACGCAGACGGUAGGAGGUUUGGGAGAAGAGAAAUGGAGAACUUGAUUGAUGGGCUGAGAUGAUAAUGAAUUGUGGAUCUGUAGGAUAAAUCUUUCGGGUUGUCAAAGGAGAAAACCUUGGCUUCGAUGUUCAAUGCGAGUGGCUAACUCUCUGCGCCAGAAGCUAUGUCAUGACUGAGGUUCCUUUGGUUUUAGAAUUGAUGUUGAUUGAUAAGAUUGCCAACAAUUCAAUGUAUGUACGCACUUAGGAUUACUUGUGAGCUAUGAAAGAGGAAGAAUGAUACAACUACUGUGUAUACGCAUUUGCAAGAUUUUCCUUUGUAUAUAUCUUGCUGCAGUUGUUGAUAUCAAUACCAUGAGGUGAUCAAGUUUUUUUUUCUUUUUCAUUUUGGGAAUGAUAAUAGUAGAUCAAGCUUAAAUGUACUUUGGCCAUUUUGACCUUCUUUAUGUGGAUACAACAUUUUUAUGCAUUCUUUCGAUUGACGCAAUGGGGAACUGGUUUCUGA